ACCCUCUGUAUCGAUUUGAGAUAUCUAUCUUGGCUUUUUUUUUGUGCAACUGAGUGUUAUCAUUGAUGUUACCGGAGAGGAAGCUUAUCAUCUCCAGCCGAGAUUGUUCGGAGAAGGAUGAGAAGCUUGAUGGAGAUGCGGCUAUGAACAAAUUUUUCAGCGACAUAUACUCAAGUGCAGAUGAGGACAUGAGGCGAGCUAUGAACAAAUCAUUUGCUCAAUCAAACGGGACGGUACUGUCGACAAAUUGGAAAGAAGUUGGGACUAAGAAAGUGGAGAGCACAAUGGAUAUGGAACUCAAGAAGUGGGAAUACAAAUUAAUAACUCCGACAAGAAAUGGUAACUUUUGUAAGACGUCACCCAAAGCUUUGAUAUCUCCGACUAGGGUGUGCAAUAAGUCGCAGAAUCUGUCAACGGCUGCAAAGCUCAGGAGGUCAUUUUCGCCAUCAAGACUAGCUAUGAGGCUGGUCUCUCCAAUGAAGAGCAGGAAAAGUGUAGCCAAGUGUGAUGAUCAUGAGAUGGUGAGUGGAUUGAAAUAGCGUCCGGUUUAGUUCCCAAGAGAUUCUCGAUGGGGAGAAUCUAAUAAGAGAGAGUUUUAAAUGAAAGAAGAUAUUCUUUUAGUUUUUGAUGUGUUUGUGUAUUAGUUAAUCUUUCAGAUGUUUGAUCGUCAAGAAAAGUGUAUGGGAGAA